CUUCAAAUCUGUUAGAAAAUUCUAAGACUGUUUCCUCGGCUUCUGAUGUUUCAAGAACGCUACCUGAUUCUAAUGUACAUCUCUCUUCAUUUGCUCUUCCCUGCGGAGUGACUGGUUCAAAGAAAGAAAAUUCAACCAAUGGCGAAGAUGGCAUUACCAAAAAACUUUCGCGACCUCCAAAUGUUUUCAUUCUUUAUAAUCGAGCAAAGCAAUCACAGACUCUUGAUCAUCAUCAAGAUAUCCCUAAUAAUGAAAUUGGUAAAAUGUGGCAUGAAAAUAAACGUAUAGAUUAUGAUUAUUUUUCAUGUAAAAGUUGUAAAAAAAAAAAUUGGCUUGAAGUUGGUGUUAAAGAGAAAUAUAUUAAAUCAUUCGAAUAUAGCUCUUUUAAUAACUGGAGUAAGAUUGGUGAAGGAGGGUUUGGUAUUGUGUAUAGUGCUUAUUCAAAUGAUGUAGAAAAAAUUGUAGCACUAAAGAGAUUACGCAAUAGUGAUAGUGAAAAUUCGUUUCAUGAAUUUAUUAGAGAG